GUCCUGGGUCGCUGCGCGCAGUUUUGCUCUUUUUUCCAUUACGUCUCCUCUCCAGUGCGAGUUUUUUUGUUUCUGAAUGUUAUAAUAUUGUAUCUUGGAGUUUUGGUAUGCAGAAUGGAGGAAACUCAUGCUUUAUACAAUGCGUGCGCGGAACAAUUGCAGUCUGAGUCCCGGAAGAAAGUUAUGAUCGUGCCAGAGAACUUUCUGCGUGAUUCCGCAAGUACCGACGCGUCUGGUAUCAGAAGCAGUCAAGCAGAAGCAAGUGUGGGCAAAUGUCAAGAUGCGCAGCUGCAGUUCCUGAAAUUCCCCCACCCUGCAACAGGUUCUGGUACUUUAUGGGCAUUUGAUUCGCUAAACGGAGAAGUUUAUCAGCUGUUUCAGCUACAAGAAAAGUGUUGUUCGUGGUUCGUCGGAAAUUAUGUCCUGGAAGAUGGAUCUUUCUACAGCUUGGUUCCUGUUGAUCCGCUUUUCCUUGCCAUUCCAUUUUUGCUCAAAUCUAAACAGAAACGGCUGUUCCAGCCCGUCGACCAAAUGUUAUCUGACUGUUUGGUAAAUUCGCCAGAGUACAGGACAGCCGUUGAACUACUUUUGCGCAAUGAUGCCGUAUUUCUAAACGAAGUUGAUUUGAUCUGCACUAUGAAAAACGUUCACGGAAAUCGUUUCGUCAAACUGUGCAGACGGAAAUUAGCGGCUUGGUUGAAAAUCAAGGUGAAAUACCUUAGCGCAUCUUUGCGUCGAGAGCAUGUGGAUGUUGGAACAAAAAUUGUUACCGCUGGCCAGACUUCCAUAACGACAGACAUUGAAUAUUCGCAAGAAAUGUAUGAUAAAUAUGCAAUGGGAAUUCUGGGUGAUUAUCUACCUUCGCUUUUGCGACUCGAGAUGACAAAGGCUCUGGG